AUGGAGGAUGGAGAAGCGGUGGUGGAGAGCGUGGGCUAUCUUUCCUUCGAUCCCCCCGAGCAGCCCGCACCCGAGGAUCGCCCCGUUGGGGCCUACUACAUCUCCAACAGCCGCAUUGGGGAGAUUCGGCCCCGGCCCGAUACGGGGAGCGACGAUGACAACACAGCCGCCAGUUCGAGCAGCGAUGAAGAUGACGACACCGACUGGUCCGACUCGGACGACGAGGCUCACCAGCCGCAGCGACAAUGA